AUGACGCGUCAUGUGUCCAAGGGAGGGCCUCUAACUGAGGAGCAGUUACUAGAAAUUCUUAAAAAAUACGAUGUUAACCACGACGGUGGUCUCAGCAAGGAAGAGCUAAAGGCUGCCUUCCAAUCCCUUGGUGCUCGUCUGCCCGGCUGGAGAGCCAAUCGAGCGCUCCACCAUGUUGAUACUAAUGGAGAUGGAUUGAUGUUUAGGGAAGCUCCCCUAACUUCAAAUCAGUUACGGGCUAUUGUUAAAAAAUAUGAUGCUAACAAUGACGGGGGUCUAUACAAGGAAGAGUUAAAGGAUGCCUUCUGUGCCCUCGGUGCUCAUCUGCCCGGCUGGAGAGCUGGUCUUGCACUCCACCAUGCUGAUGCUAAUAGAGAUGGAUUGAUCAGGGAGGAGGAGCUUAGCACCCUGUUGAAAUAUGCUUUGGAAGAUGGAUAUAAGAUACAAUAA